CUUUCGCUAUUUCUUUUUCAGUCCUCCGUGGCAUGGCGGACGUGCUUUGAAGAGUUGAAGUCGUGGUUAUUUUUGAAUUUUGCAAGUGAUAUAGCAAACGAAAAUGAGUCUGACGGCAUCUCGCCCGCUAGUCAGCAUUUACUCUGACAAAAAUGAAGCUCAGAAGGACAAGAGCCUCUCGUUGCCGUACGUAUUCAAGGCACCGAUUCGACCGGAUGUGGUAAGCGAAGUUUCGCAGCUGAUGCGCCGCAACAGACGUCAGCCGUAUGCCGUAAGCGAAGCCGCCGGUCACCAAACUUCGGCCGAAUCGUGGGGUACUGGUCGUGCUGUAGCACGUAUUCCCCGUGUCCGUGGUGGUGGUACUCAUCGCUCUGGCCAGGGUGCUUUCGGUAAUAUGUGCCGUGGUGGACGUAUGUUUGCCCCGACUAAAACCUGGCGCCGUUGGCAUCGCAAGAUCAAUGUCAACCUUAAGCGGUAUGCUCUGGUGUCUGCCAUCGCCGCUUCCGGUGUCCCAGCUCUGGUGCAAUCGAGAGGUCAUGUUAUUGAUGGACUAUCGGAGCUGCCACUGGUUGUGUCGGACGAUAUCCAGAAAUUCCAAAAGACCAAGCAAGCCGUUGUCUUCUUGCGUCGUUCUAAGGUGUGGGCCGAUGUACAGAAGGUCUACAAAUCGCAGCGACUCCGUGCCGGUCGCGGUAAGAUGCGUAAUCGUCGUCGCGUUCAACGUCGGGGACCGUUGAUCAUCUACUCCAAGGACGAAGGCCUACGCAAGGCUUUCCGUAACAUUCCUGGAGUCGACACUAUGAAGGUGAGCCGAAUGAAUUUGCUUAAACUGGCUCCCGGUGGUCAUGUCGGUCGUCUGUGCGUCUGGACCGAAUCGGCUUUCGCUAAGUUGAACAACAUUUACGGAACCUGGAAGACAAAGUCCACCACUAAGAAGGAUUACAAUUUGCCGAACCCGAUCAUGGCUAACACCGAUUUAGCUCGUCUCCUGAAGAGCGAAGAAAUCCGCAAGGUCCUGAAGCCAGCCAAGAAGACUGUGCAUCGUCACGUGCGUCGUCUGAAUCCGUUGACCAACACAGCCCAGAUGGUGAAAUUGAAUCCUUACGCCGAAGUGACCAAGCGUCGUGCGCUGUUGGCUGCCAAGAAACGCAAGUACGAGCGCAUCGUAGCAUCGUGCAAGGCUCGCAACAUCAAGCUUUCAAAGAGUAAUGCGGCAUUCAAAUAUCUAGCUUCGGAGAAGAAUCGCGAGAAUCAGCUGAAGAAGAACAACGAGCUGCGCGAUAAGAAGGAUGCCGCAAAGAAGGCCGAGUCGAAGAAGAAGCAUGAGGCAAAAGCCGCGGCUUUGAAAGCGAAGAAAGUUAAGAAGGCAUCCAGCAAAAAAGCGGCGCCCAGUAAGAAGUAGAUGCGCACCGACGGAAGGGAAAGCAGGUUAGGCUCUUGACAGUAGAAAGUCUAUGGCUUCUUUUCAAUUUUUUCCUGUUUAAAUAAUUAUAUGUAAGGGAAUAAAUGCUGGAAAUUGUACUUCUGUGGUACAAGAAGCUAA